CGAGACGCUGAUGAUUUGCCCGGGAUUUCAAGCACUAUGUGUGUGUUUUUCUGGGGCUGCAAACAAAACUCUUAUAAGUAGAUGUCGUCAAUAGUUAGCCACUGAAACAACACAGGAACCACUGGUGUGCAUUUGGACUUGAUACAACUACAGAAGGAGGCAUCAACAGAAAGAAAAGCAGAGCGAUGCCGCCAGUGUCUGAAAUGGAGAUGGCCGCGCCAGAGGGGGAAGUCACGGGGGGGUUGUCCCGAGCCGACUGCCUCUGCCCUGUUUGCCUAGAGAUCUUUCUGGAGCCGGUGACGUUGCCGUGCAGCCACACCUUCUGCAAGCCCUGCUUCCUGGAGACGGUGGACAAGGCCAAUCUGUGCUGCCCGCUGUGUCGCAAGCGGGUGUCAACGUGGGCACGGCUCAACGGCCGGAACAAGACCCUGGUCAACGAUGAGCUGUGGCAGCGGGUGCAGGUGGCGUUCCCCAUGCAGUGCCAACGCAGGCUCAGUGGACAGGAGGAGGAGGAUGAAAACAUAUUGGUCCCCGGACCCAAAGUCAGUCAGCCUGGAGAGGUACGGAGAGAGUACGAGGAACAAAUCAGCAAGCUAUUAGAGGAGAAGCGUACCCUGGAGGAGGCAGAGAGGAAAGCAAGUGAGGAGUACAUCCAGAGUCUACUCGCAGGCGAGGAGGAGCGCCUGGCGGAGGAGAGAAGGAAGCACGAGGAGAGGCAGCUGGAGAACGACGAGAAGCUGGCCAGACUGCUCAGCCAGGAGCUGAAUCCAAGACCUAUCUCUGAGUCACAGAAGAACACGCGGACGAAUGACAUCACCCCAGCAAAGAAGAAACAGAACGCCAACGCUGGAGAUAUAGAGAAGUUCUUGUCCCUUAUUCCACAAAGACACGGCAGCAACUCAGAGAAUAGGUCCACCUCCAGCUUCAUGGCUAACAAGGAGAAUAUCAUGCACUCGGAGAGGAAGCCUUGGUCUUCCAAAGAGCAUGCAGAGCACCCGAUGCCAACGCUAGACUUCUACCCGGAGAGCUGCCGCACGCCGUGUGAGGCCUCAACGUCAUCAGAGAGUAUGGUGUACCAUCUGACCGACCCCUCGGGAACUUCACUGGCACACACACCCCACCACGGCACCCCAAGGAGAGGAGUGACCUCGGCCAAGAGGAAGAGCUGUGACAUUGAGGUGCCAAACGAAGGGGAAGCAGAGGUGGUCAGUAAGCGGCUCUGUCCUUCCUCCUCGUCAUCCCUCCUCUAUCUGCAGCAUGGAGAGGUGGCCCUAGUAGGCCAAGGGGAGAAGGCCCUGCUGCUCCAGGAGCUGGCCCAGAGAGAGGAGGUGCUCUUCUGCCGCAUGCAACAGGAGCAGGAGGACCGGAAGCUGGCUUUCCAUCUGCAGAGGCAGCUGAACCGCGAGGCGGCCAUCCACGCAGUAGACCGCAGCAAGGGCUCCAGCGACCAGUACCAGCUCCGCCAGAAACCUGACUCCAGCUCUGGCUCCAGCCCAGAGGGGAAUGGUCAUAGCGGGGCCAACAGGGGGCGCUCACACUCCUCCACCUCCAAAGAGAACAGGAACACAGUGGAGAGGAGGAGACUGUCUGGGCCCUCAUCUACCACCAAUAAGGGGGAAAGGAGCUCCACCAUCUCUAGCGCUGCUGCCACACCCUCCAGCCCACUGAAGAGGGGCAGUAAGCAGGCCACCCUCACAGAGAUGUUCCCCAGUCUGGGCAGUUGAAUCCUGGGUGUUUUGGAGCAUCUACAGUGGCACUGCUCAUCACCAUCACCUCUUGUUAACAGGUCUCGCCUUAUCGCCUAUGGGGGCUCAAGUGGUCAGGAUUGGAAUGAAGGAAUACCUUAGGGAGAAGAGGGUAGAUAUUGCUUGGACAUUGACCGUCUGGGACUUCACUGUGGUUUGAAUGCAUUUCAGGGUCUUCGACAGUUUGAGUGCUCACAGGAAAUGGCAGAGACUGGCUCGAUCAACUUUAUUUUGAUAGUAGGUUCAUUUUACUCAGAUUGUUUUCUCUAGAGAUUCAUAUAAAUGAUUACUUUGGAAUAAAAUAAAAACAAUUGGGAAGUUAUGUCUUGUCCUGUGGCGUGUAUUAAUGGAUGCCAAAGGAAGCCAGACUUCCCCAAAUAUUUGACCAAUAAAUUUUUUUUAUAUAUGAAAUUAUUUUUCUUUGGUGUGUGUUUUCAGAAUUUUCCGUCAAUUCGCAAGUGGCUGAAUCUCACCAGAAACCAUGUGUUUGUAUUUGAUACCAUUCCACCUAUUCCACUCCAGUAGUUGUUUAGUAAACUGUCAAACAUGAACUUGCUUGACCAUACUGCAGGUCAUAUAACUGCUCCAGGCUCUGUCGUAGCCGGCCGCGACCGGGAGACCCAUGGGGCGGCGCACAAUUGGCCCAGCG